GGCUGACCCUCGCUCUCAACCACAUGAAACAUCGCUCAGGUUACAGUAGCUCUCUACCCAUACGAGCGUGCAAAGCACGACUGGUAAGGAUUGUUUUCUUUGGCUAUGAGCAACAGAACUCCUUUCAGACUCCCUUCGACUCUAUCCAGCGUCAAUGGAGUUGUUCAUUUUGCUGGAAUCGAUGAGGAGUUUCUGAAUGCUAUUCGAGAUCUUCCUGUAAGUCKASAUGAUGUGUUCAURGCUUCGUUCCCCAAAUCAGGGACAACUUGGGURUGUGAAUUGGUAUGUGAAAUUCACAAUGAAGGCAAAAUAGACAAAAGAAACAUGGAUUCUAGAGUACSAUUUCUUGAGUUUCGCAAAUUUCAGGGCGAUUUCAAAACUAAGGAAGAUCUUCAUGAUUUCUAUUUGAAUCAUCCUUUGCCGCGGAUCUUAAAGACUCAUUUACAUUACGAUCAACUACCGAUGAGAGAUACCAACAAACCAAAAUACAUCUACGUGGUGCGGAACCCAAAGGACGCUGCCGUGUCUUUUUAUCAUCACUACAAAGGGUUAGACAUGUACGAGUUUCAAGAUCGAACUUGGGAUGAAUUUUUUGAACUGUUCAUGGACAAUAAAGUUCAUUACGGUAGCUGGUUUGAUCACGUGCUUGGGUGGUGGUCUCAUCGAGACGAUGCUAAUYUUCUGGUACUAAAGUACGAAGACAUGAUAAAGGACUUGCCAUGUGCWGUCCAACAAAUAGCCAGGUUUGUUGGUAAAGAUCUGUCUACAGAGAUAACUCAACGUAUUUUUGAWCAAACGACGUUUYAAGCAAUGUCAGGAGAUCAAGAACGAUUUGGCGAUGAGGAAUGGCCUGCAUUUCUAUUCAUUCGUAAAGGUAAAGUUGGAAACUGGAAAGACUACUUCACUGAGGAACAAAACAAACGAUUUGAUGAGAUGUACGAGAAGAAAAUGGCAGGGAGCGCAUUGAAACUGGAAUUUGAACUAUAAUUCCGUCAGUUGGACACUCUGUUUCUCUACCUCGUAUCCGUCCUUCAUCCCAUAAAGCACUUUCGUAAAAAUUUUGAUUAUGUUUUAUGCUUUUUUGAUCAUAUUUUCUUCAUGUACAGUGUAAGUGCCUUCAGUGUAAGUAUGGUAAUGCAAAGUAAUAAAAUUUUCCAAAAAUU